AUGGCACCCUCCGGUUUCAUCUUGCUCCUUGUGGCCAUCCUUGCCUCCUCGGGCACUACAGGGAAUGCUUCGUUUGACCUCCGCGCCGUGCUCAACCACCCCUACGCCGGCCGGCCGGUUUCCAAGUACGAGAUGAUCCGCGAGGCCGUGAGCGCGAGCAAGGCCCGGCGUGCCUGGAACGCCGCUAGGGUGGCCAAGGCGUGCGGGCGCGGCGGCGGGGGCGGUGGCGGCACCAUCUCCUCGCCGGACAUGCCGGUCAGGCCUCUCGGCAAGUCAAUCUACACCCUGACCGCCGACGUCGGCACCCCGCCGCAGCGGCACACGCUCGUCAUCGACACCGGAAGCGACCUCGUCUGGGUCCAGUGCAAGCUGUUCGGUGGCGGCGCGACGCCGACCGACCCUCUCUACGACCCCGACAGGUCUUCCUCCUUCGCCGCCGUCCCUUGUGACGGCAAGCUGUGCCGGGAGGGCGAGUUCGAGUCCAAGAACUGCUCCAGGAACAAGUGCCUCUACACCUACGGGUACGGCAGCGGCAGGGCCGUCGGCGAGCUCGCCUCCGAGACCUUCACGUUCGGCGUGCGUCGCAAGGUCCCCGUCACCCUCGACUUCGGGUGCGGAACGUUCCUGGAGGGUGACAUCUUCACCGCCUCCGGCUUCCUAGGGCUCAGCCCGGACAAGUUGUCCUUCGUGUCGCAGCUAAAGAUACCAAGGUUCUCCUACUGCCUCACUCCUUACACGGACCGUAAGAGUGGCCACAUGUUCUUCGGGGCAAUGGCCGACCUGUCCAAGUACAGGACCACGGCCCCAAUCCAAACCAUUUCUUUUCUGAACAACCGGAUCGGCAGCAACCUGUAUUACUUUUUGCCCUUGAUCGGGGUCUCGGUUGGGACCAAGAAGCUCAACGUCCCGGCGUCGAGCUUCGACAGAACGUUCAUCGACUCGGGCUACACGACAGGCGCCCUCACGGCUGCAGCACGAGAUGCCCUCAAGGGGGCUCUCGUGGAUGCCCUGAAGCUGCCGCGGAGGAACGCCUCUGAUCCGGACUUCGACUUCUGCUUCCAGCUGCCACACGGCGUGCCCAUGGAGGCGGUGCAGACGCCGCCAUUGCUGUACCACUUCGAGGGCGGCGCCACCAUGGUGCUGCAUCGAGAAAGCUACCUCGCCGAGCCGAGCCCCGGGGAGAUGUGCCUUGUGAUCGGCGUGGAUACGCAACCGGUCCUCGGCAACCUCCAGCAGCAGAACAUGCACGUGCUCUUCGACGUGCAGAACCAGAAGUUCUCCUUCGCGCCCACGCAGUGCGACCAGAUCUGA